UUGUCAUAUUUCCUGUCUUCCAGAUAUUGACGGGCUAAUGUUAGCCUAACGGUCGCUUAGCUUAAAUUUUUCAUUCACAAAUUUUUAAAAGCUAACGUAAUUCUUUGUCCGCGACUUUAAAUGAUCUUUUAUAAGCAUAUGUGCACAUUAAGUUCAGUCUCUUCCGUGUGUCAUGUACUUAAAAGAGACACACCCUGGUUUCACCCCCAUCUACAGCAGGUGGCAGCAUUACCGUUUACAGGUUCAAGUUAGCACUGGGCGCCAUCUUGUGUUGAUAACUGUUGCUAGGCAACCUCUGUAACGAAAUGACUGAGUUGCACCAGGCAGCAGCAGCGGGGGAUUUCGAUCAAGUUGAGGAGAUUCUGGAGCAAAAUAAAUGCAAUCCCAAUCAGAGAGACAUCGACUGGAGCUACAAGACACCUCUUCACUGGGCAGCAGCUAAAGGACAUACAGAAACGGUCAGGAUCCUCAUUGAGCAUGGAGCCAGGCUGUGUCUGACGACGGAGCAUGGAUGGACCCCUGCACACUUUGCUGCAGAGUCCGGCAGGCUGGCUGUGCUGCGGCUGCUGCACUCCCUCCAUGCCCCUAUAGACAAGGAGGACUGCUGUGGAGACAAACCUGUGCGGAUAGCUGAAAUAUACGGACACCAGGACUGUGUUCGAUUCCUUAAAAAAGCAGAAAUUGAGUGCCAGGCCUACCGCAAGAUGGCAGCCCAAAAAGGGAUUUCAGUGGAUGACACAGACGAGGAGUGGGCAGAACAGGGCGAAGAAAAUGAAGAAAACAGGAUCUCUAAAGCAACAUUCAGAUGUAUGCCUAACUCCCCUUUACAAAACAAAGUGUGAGACAUCCUUGUAGCCUUUCAGUUGACAGUGUUUCUGUGGCAUUUCAGUGCUUCAGUACUAAUGGAAAAACAUGUAAUAUGCAGUAUUGCUUAAACCAUUUGACAUUAAUAUGUAGUUUAAUUUAAAGCAACAAACAAAUAAUCCAGCUUGGAAAUGUCAGAAAUACAGAUAUCUACUAAACCAACGUUACAACAUUGUACAGUGGACUUUAACUUGUAUCACAGGUAAUAAACCAAAAUAAGCAACAAAAAAAGUAGUCAAAUCAGAGAGUGAAUGUAGCUUAUUAUGCUAUUAUCUGUGGUUUUAUGUGUAAAAUGUAGUUUGUUUUGAUUUAAGAGUGCACAUAUUUGAGACGAUUUUCACUUCUUCAAAGUUGAGUCUAACUUUGUGGAGCUGUCAAUAGUCGAUGCUGGAGCCUGGAGAACAGAUGAAAUGGAUGUGUAAAAUUAAUCAAUAGUCAUUGUGGUAUUUUACAUAUGAGUAAACCCAGUUUAGUGCACUUACAUUGUGUUUUAGACGGUUCAGCAGUGCUUCACGGGUCUGCGAAAAUUGGAUUAAAACAUUUUUAAUGCUGCUA